AUGCCUACUAUUGCACCUAAUGCAUCAGCUCAACAUCAAGCUUUGGAAUUAAUUCAAGAUGCAAAAUCUAAAAUAAGUGAAUAUGAAACCCUAUUGAUUCAUACUAGUGACAAAGAUCUUCGACUUCAAAUCAGUAAAAAAUUAAAGGAUGUUUGUGAAACUAUUGCAAAAGAAAAAAAGCAUUUUAAUUUGCUUCAAAAUCGUGCCGCAGCUCAAGGGAGAUUUCAAGAAAAGAGAAAAAAACAACUUGAAGAUGGGAUUACCUUUGCACAACCUUCAAUCGAAUCUACAACUGACAUGUUAUCCGCUCACUUAAUUUAUCCUUCAAGUUCCACAGUGACAUAUUUGUCUGCAGAAGAAGUUAAUGCAACGUUAGAUUCUUUUGAUACCCAACAAAUUGAAUUAAGUAAUGCAGCCAUUUUGGAAGACUUCACCAAUUUACCUUCUCUUGGUCUUUCACACAAAUUCGAAACUUCUAAUUUACUGGAGGCACUUUCUGAUAUCGAAUAA